GCAAACUUCACCCUUGUUUUGACGUUGACAUUCGGAAUACGAACAAAUGGAACAAAUUCAUAAACAGAUCCAAAACGUGUGUUAAAAUUAAUUAAUUUUUUGUAGAGUCCAGUAACGAACGUGGUUGCUUAAUUUCUAUUCACUUUUUGCAAAUAUAAACCCAGUACACUUCACUUUCAACUCUGUAUGUCAAUGCAUUUGUGCUUCACACACCAAUAAAAUAUUCGAUUUUGAGAUGAAGGACUUGUCUGCAAAAAAGGAGGCUCGAUUGGAAAAGAAAAAGAAGAAAAUUUCAGCGCUAGCCGAAAUAAUGAAAUUGAACGAUGCUGACCGCCCGACGCCUGUGCUUGCAAGUGAGUCUAAUGACGAACCUCCAUCGAAACGGAGUAAAAUGGAUCAACCAUUGGAACAUAAAGUGAUGUCAAUGGGAGGAGGCGAUGUCAUCAGCAUCGAUGAGUAUACCGAAGCCAAGAAACUGGUAAAGGAAAGAACCAGAAAUCGGUCGAAUCCGAAAUUUCGAUCGAAACUUCAAGGUGACUCGGCUAUGCUAGAAGUUGAAGCUGAAGUGCGCACACCCAUUUUCCUAUCCGAUAUUCAGCACCUGAUAAUGUCAUCUUUGUUGGGCACUUCUUCACCGUAUCCACCGUUACGUUGGUGUGCCAUAGAGAAAAGCAACAACAUCGUACAUUCGAUCGUUCUAGUGCUGGAUGGCCUUUCUUUGUACCACUAUCAAUGCUAUGAGAGUUCAUUUGUGGAGACAUCAGCGAUUUUUUCCAACAAAUUUGAAGUUGUAAUGCCAACGGAUUCGCAAGGUUUACUAUCUGCAUUGUCGUCAUUACCGGUUACAUUCGAGCAGCGACAAGAAUUGAAUAAGCAAUUCGGAAGCGUGGAGGCUGCAAAGGAUGAUGUUCAACCACUCGUCAAUUCUGUAUUUCCCAUCAGUACAGACGUUCAGAAUUCAACCUUAAAACCAGUGGAGGUCGGCGAAGAAGUAUUUCCACGUACAAGACUCCUGCUCUCCGCAUUGCAACUGGUUGAUGAAGCAUAUCCUAUGCCCUUGCAAGGUGAACUGGCAAAUCGUUUCAAAGAUUUUGUUAUGACCAAAAGUGAAUAUGCGCCAGUGACACCGUCAAGUCCCAUGUUUGGUUUGGAUUGUGAAAUGUGUUACACAAGCGCCGGCUGUAACGAAGUUACUCGAAUAUCCAUAGUCGACGAGCAGUACGAAAGCAUUUAUGAAACACUGGUACUGCCGAAGAACAAAAUUCUAAACUACUUGACACCGUACUCUGGCAUUACAGCAGAGAUGAUGACAAAUGUAACCAAGACAUUAGAGCAAGUUCAACGAGACGUUCAGCAACUGUUACCGCGAGAUGCCAUUUUGGUGGGCCAAUCUCUGAAUUGCGAUUUGAUGGCAUGCAAAUUGAUGCAUCCAUAUGUGAUCGACACGAGCGUCAUAUUCAAUUUGUCAGGCAUACCAAAAAUCAAAUCGAAACUGCAAACGUUGGCCCGAGAGUUCUUAGGCGAACAGAUCCAAGCGAAUCCAUUGGGUCACGAUUCCAUUGAGGAUUGCGCGACCACAUUGAAAUUGGUUAAAUUGAAAUUAUCGAAAGGAAUGUGUUUCGGCGACGAGUAUCUGAAGAGCCGUGCUAUAGCCAGUACCCAGACAGAGAAGGAAUGCAAGCGAAGCACAUUGCUUAUUACAUCAGCCGAUGAAUCGAAACUGAAAAAUUUUCAGACACCAUCUUCAAAAGAUUUCGAACUGAUGCAGGUAACUGGAAAUAAAUGUGCCGUGAAAAAGACCUGUGAAUUAGCCAUUCAACAUAAUCUGACGAUGACCCAUUUAAAUCUAACUCCGGAACGCUUGGAGGCGUCUACAGUCGACAAAACAAUGGCUAGUGUAGAUCGAUGGAUUUCGAAAGUCUAUGAGAAAGUAGCUGUGAAUGGAUUCAUGAUUGUACUAUUUGGGGGAGCACCGGGAACUAAAAGUGGUGUUGCGAUGGUUAAAAUUAAGAAACAUCAGAAUACAACUGCAAUAAAUUCAUAAUUUUUUGUUUAAA